CCUCGGAAAUUCCUCGGGAUAUUCCGAGGAUUUCAUUUUCCGUCGGAAUGUCCGUCAGAAUACCGUUGUUUUCUUGUAGUGCGUUUUUUAUUAGGUUUAACAUGAAGUGCUUGCUCGCGUCUCCAGAGGAUGGCGACCCGCGUUCCCCAGCCGAUCUUUCAUCUCCUUCAUCCUGCGCAUCUCUGUAAUCGAUCAAGCGUCUUUAAUCCCCUAUUAAUCGAUCACCCACGAUCUAGAUGCAAGGCGGUGGAGUCGACUAUAAGAAGGUAUGCUUUCAUCUUUUCAGAGACCACAACUCAUUUGUUCUAAACUCAUCGGAAAAAAAUCUGUGCUAUGGCUAACGUUUUGGUCUCCUCUCCGAUCUGCAGACCGGCCGCUCCUCCUCCAUCGUUGAAGUUUGCUCUGCUUCUGGGAGGCCAAAAAUGUCCGUCCAAGAAGAAACCCGCAAAAGACUAAAGUCGAUACCUUCUUUAGUGAAGACACGUGGCGCUGUUACAUGAAAGCAAUUUCUUAGGUGGCUGAAAGGAGAAGAGAGUCCCUCUCUUCUUUAUUUAAUAAGAAGAUUAGGACAAUACACAUUUUCUACAGAUAGUUUCUUAAGUGAUAGACAUGUGUAUUGAUUCGAUUAGCCCGGAUCUCUGCUGUUGGUGAUAUUAAUAUACUUAGCAAGAGAGAUCUCGAUUCAAUGUUCAGAAAACAAGUAAGACUCCCAUUUUGCUAUCAAUGGCACUAAACGUGAUCGAGAACGUCCGAGUCAGCCCUGCAAUCAAAUCGUCCGAUGACUCCUUCAGCCUCUCUCUGACUUUCUUCGAGAUCCGCUGGAUAAAGUUCCAUGCUAGUCAGCAAGUCGUCUUCUACAGACUCACCGAGUCAUCAUCAUCACCCCAGUCAUUUCACUCUCACAUCCUCCCAAAGCUCAAGCUCUCGCUCUCCCUUGUCCUCAGCUUCUACCUCCCCCUUACCGGCCGCCUCACGUGGGCCCCACAAGACCCAAAGCCGUGCAUCAUCGUCUCCAAGCACGACACGGUUUCGCUUACCGUCGCAGAGACCGACGCAGACUUCUCCCUUUUAUCCGGCAAAGGACUACGUCGUCCGGCCACCGCCUUUCAUCAUCUGGCACCUGAGCUAACAGUCUCUGACGACUCGGCGACCGUUCUUUCUCUCCAAAUCACGUUGUUCCCGAACCAAGGAUUCUGUAUCUGCAUUGCAUCGCACCACUCCGUCGUUGACGCUACAACAUCAAUAGCGUUUAUGAAAUCUUGGGCGCAUAUUAGCAGAUUGCAAGAACAUGGCAACUCCACGGAGUCUCCCCUUCUUCCAGAGGAUCUAACUCCCAGCUUUGAUCGUACCAUCAUCAAUCUUCCUCCCGGGCUUGAGUCGAAAAUGGUGUCGUAUCUCUCAAAGGAGAGCCAUAACUUUAAAUCCCUGAAGCCGCCUCCCAUCGAUGAGAUAGGCACGGACAUUGUCCGUGUCUCUCUCGACUUAACUCUGGAGGACGUCGAGCAGCUCCGGGAACGGGUCAAGAACCAUUCAUCUCGGGAGCUUCAUCUGUCAACCUUUGUCAUCGCCUACGCUUACGCAUGGACGUGUGUGGUGAAAGCGCGUGGAGGCGACGCGAACAGACCGACACUUUUUUGUUAUACAGCAGACUUUAGGUCUCGGUUAGACCCGCCACUUCCCGCCACAUACUUCGGGAGCUUCGUGUUUCCGACAGGUUGGUUCCAUUACGAAGCGAGAACAUUUCUGGAAGAAGAUGGUUUUGUUAGAGCUGUCGAGAUUCUAAGUGAUUCGGUCAAAGGUGUUGGUUCACGAGGGAUAGAGUCAUUCUUUGAGGACUUUGUGGAGGCAAAAAAGAAAUUUAAAACAGGUGUACAGUUCGGAUCUGUAACCGGGACGACCAGGUUAGGGAUAUACGGGUUAGAUUUUGGAUGGGGCAGACCCGUUAAAGCAGAGGUUGUGCACAUUGACCGCAAUGAAGCCUUCUCUAUGUCAGAAAGGAGGGACGAGUCAGGUGGCGUGGAGAUUGGCGUGUGCUUGAAGAAGAGGGAGGUGAACACUUUUAUUUCUUUAUUUAAAGAUGGCCUAAGACCAUGCCUACACUCAAAAUGGGUACCGAAACUCUAAAAUAAUGUUAAUUCUAAAUAUUACAUCUAUGAAAUAAUUAACUUUUAUAUAUAAGUACUCCUAUUUUUGUUUUUUUUAAUUAAUAAUAUUAUUGUAUGUAUUCUAUUGAUAAUGUUCUUAUUCUAUUAUUGAAGAAGAUCGAUGGCUUCUUGGAAUUUUAGUUUAUGUGUAAUAAAGUAUCUUUUCAUUUUAAAUUUGCAAUUGUUUGCAUAUUAAAUUUGCAAUUGUUUGCAUUUUAAUUUAGUUGUCUUAUUUGUGAUGUUACGUGUUUAUAAAAGUUGUUAAAAAAAGUUGCAAAAGAAAUAUCCUAAUCCUAGAUUCCUAGGUUUCCUUAGAACAGGCGCAUCAGACAGUUUCUUCACAAAGCUCUUGACAUUUUAAUGAUUAAAAAAUUAAAAAAGGAAAAAAGAGACAGCAUAGAGUGGAGAGACGUUUCGAAGUAAUAACAUCAUUAUCCCAAGCUCUUAAUGAGUCUCUUAGAUUAAUUUUGAAUUAAAACAAAAUCAAAAAUACAUAUUAACACUAGGGGAAGCAAGGGACGGUUCUUAGUGUACACAUGUCAAAUCUCCAAAGAAAUCAAUCUCUCAAAAGCCAUCACCACCUCUGAUAUCCUCUUCGAUAUCCUCUCCGCCAGUCUCUCACACUCCUCGUCCCCACCGACGCCAUGCUUUUUGACCUCGACAUGAGGUACUCUCUUCCCAUGUACAUCUCCACCCUCAGUCUCCACGCUUUACCUCUCCGCCUCACGAUUUCCGAGCUCCGAUCACUCUCCAACGCCUCCUACGUCCCGACUUUCCUCACCAACGCCUCCUCCGUCCCGAUCAAUCUCUCUGCGUAAUUCUCACUCGUUGCAAUUAGGUUUCUCACGCUGAUGAUUCUUCUUCUUGUUCAUCGUCAUCACCUUCUUCUCACUCGUCGCAAUUGGGUUUCUACCCUUCUUCUUCUUGGACAACCAAUUGUUAUCAGGAAAGAGAACCUGGAACUCAGCCUCUUCUAUGCAACUCUGACAGUGACCUAAAUCAGGUACGUUCUUUUAUGGACUAAAUUGAUUGUUGAUUGGCCGAAAAUUGAUUUGAUAUGCUUCAAUCUGUCCCUGCUUGGUCUUGGAUUGUAGAUCAUAUGAUCAUUGUAAUGAAACAACUUGUUUUAAUAAUGUGGUUUUGCGAUAUUGUUGUGUUUUGAUUAAACCAAUGGCUAACCUCAAGUUCGAUGUGUUUUGAUCUUCAGACUUUUUUAAUGAAUUGAUUGGAUUAGAAGGGUGAAGCUGAUAUCUCUGUUGUGCUGAUAGAUUCAGUGGCUCUGUUACUCUCAGUAGCAGCCAAGAUUGGAAGGAAACGUUGAGGGUCCCACCUCCUGAUACUCGUUAUCAGACAGCGGUAUAGCUUGCUUCUUCUGAGAUUUGGUUUAAUAAGUGGAGGGUCUCUUUAUGUGUGUAUGUGAACCUUCUUGUUCAAAUAUUGUCUGCGGGAAGUGACAGCUACAAAAGGAAAUGAAUUCGAAGAUUACUUUCUGGAAAGGGAUCUUUUAGAGGGAAUAUACGAGAUGCGUUUCGAGAAGCCAUCUCGUAUUCAAGAAGAGAGCACACUACAAGAAAACAGCGGCAUACUGAGGGAAAAAAUCGUCGGUAUGUCGUCGGAAUAACGCUAUUCCGACGACAUACCGACGAAAAAAGUCCUCGGAAAUAACUCCUCGGAAAUUCAUCUUUCCUCGAAAAUCCCUCGGAAAUUUCCGACGGCAUUCCGA